AUGAGUUUCUCAUACUGUUUACUUUUGCAACGCUCCCCGCGGAAGGAGCAGCCAGGAAUGACGUCCACCCUCGUCCAGCAUCCCGAGCAGGAACUUCAGAGGCAGGAAUGCAGCUUCAUAAAUAGCAAACCACAGGCUCUAAUGGGGAGCAGAGGCAGAGCUGCAGGUCCAGGACCCGCUGCAGGAGCGGCUCCUCCUUCGCCCACCCUGCCCCGACAUCCCAGGAUGAUUCCAGCUCUGCUCGUCGCUCUGCUCCUCUGCCUGUCCUGCCCCUUCUCCUCCUGUCAGCAGAGGAGGAUAGAUCCCACCCGGCACUUUGAAAGGAAAGAACCCGCCUUCAGCAAGAGACCCCUGAGUGCCCCGGCAGCAGGAGGUGAAGUCGGGCCAGAAAUGCUGGAGGAGAUGAGAGAAACCAACCGUGUGCUGACGGAGGUUCGGGAGCUGCUGAAGCAGCAGAUUAAGGAGAUAACGUUCCUGAAGAACACGGUGAUGGAGUGCGAUGCCUGCGAAAGCUCUGGGAGAUGCUCUGUUAUUCACCGGCACGCUCAGAGGGUGGAGCAAGAGCCAUUCCUGCCUUCGGAGGGAUCGUGCUCCUGCUGGAAAAGAGAUUACCCAGAGCUUCUGGGACAGAAACGCAUCCAUCCCCUGCAAUUGCUUUAAUCAUUUCCUCAUAAAACUGUCCUGAACUUUCUCUCUGUUACUUGAUUUCUGCCUCCCUCACUCUCUGUCCUGCUUUCCUGUGUGUCCUCCCGUGCUCCUGCCUUGCAGGGUCUGAGCCCUG